CCUCUCCUAGACCAUCCUCUCACUUCUUCUUUCUCUCCACCGGCGCGCUAUCACUGCCAUUCUAGGAUUGCUAUUUGCAUGUGGCUGAUCUACAUGCUCGAACGACGACCCUAACUAUGUCGCUACUCUAGACGGGCGUCAAAGCGUCUGAGAGUCCGCCCUUCCCUUUCUCUACCGCCCGUCCGCAACCGGCAGCUGGAACAUCCACCACCACCUCCCCCCAAUCACCUCCAUGAAGACUAUCGACCAUGGACGACAAUAAUGCGCAAAGCUUCGCUUCUGCGUCUCCUCCUCCUCCUCCACCUCCAAAAGAAUAUCCUCCCCUUCAGCGGCUGCCCUCCCUUUCCAACACCAUCUCCGCCGCUCUGAAACCUUUCUCUUCAGCCUCCCCCGUCCGCCGAAAACCUCUCCCUUCUAACGUCUCACCUGUUCUCACAUCACCCGAGGCACAGAAGACUCAGACGCGGAUAGAGUCACCCUCGAAAACCAUACGGAGAAAGAGAGUUCCCUCUGAUGUUGUAAGGCAGACGAAUCCUGAUAUCACCUCACCCGUCCUCAAUCAGAGGGAGACAAGCGAUAACAACCCGGACAAGAUAACCACAGACGCUUCCCUCCCCCGACCUGCCGGUGACGCCGUCACAGGUUCGCCAAAGCGCAGGCAAGGCUCACAACGAUCAAAUGGUUACUCGGUAGACAACGUCAUUGUAGAGGAGGACAUGGGACUGAAACCUGGGUCGAGGCCUCCGCCUCUGCGGACGGACUCGACCUCAUCCACGAAAUCACUCACGGUGAUCGACGCGAAGAAACCUCAGACUCCAGGUAGCAAGUUUACCUCAUUCUUCAGCCGCAAACCCGCCGCCUCACCAAGCACCGAAUCCUCAGUCACAGACAUUUCGGAUAGGAAGUCCCCUCUGCCAUCACCCUAUGGCCCUUCGCCGCACGCUUCAGCACAUUCCUCACAAGGAUACCCAUUCCCUUCGGCUGUCCCGAGGCCUUCAACAUCACAGCCCUCUUCUCAAGACUCGAUUGACUUUGAUGGAAGCACGUACGCUCAGACGUUGGUCAACAACGAUGGCAACCGAAUCUCCAAGCUCGAGGCCGAACUCCGCGACAUUAGCACAGAACUUGCUAAUUCUAUCAAAAGAGAGAUGGAUCUAGAGGACCUGGUCGAACAGCUCCAGACAGAGGGCGCUAAUAUCAACAGGGAAACUGAUCGCACCAGUGAUUAUUUUUCAGAUUCUGGCACGAGUUCAAUAAGGCCGUCGACGAGUGAAGGAAACCCGAAGGAAGAGAUCCAGAGGAUCAAAAGAGAGUCGGAGCAGCUUCGAGCGCAGCUCAAGGUCGAAAUGUCGCAAAAAUGGCAAAACGAAAGGUCAAGCCGGCAGGCAUUGGAAUCCCAUAUACAGAUCCUGGAGCAGAAGCUCUCCCUGUCCCGUCGAGACAACAACGAAUCUGCGGACAUUACCGCGAGGGCCAAGGAGUUGGAAGUGGCGCUCGAAGACGCCAGAAGGCGGCUGAUGGAAGAAAGGCAGAUCAAGGAGAAUUUUGAAGACUUGCUGACGGCUCUUCGCGUCGAUUUGGAACACCACCGGAACGAAAGAGACAACCUGCGGGAUGAGGUAGUACCUCAACUUCGCUCACAGAUCGAGGGACUCGAAACGAGCUUGUCCGAAUCACAGAAAUCAGACUACGAUUUUACACGGAUGCAGCAGGAACUGCAGAGUCUCCGAGACGAAAACAAUGCCCUUCAGAGUGCCCGUGCGAUGAACAUGCAGUUUCAGUCGAUUGCGGAAGAAGGCGAGAUCGUUGAAUCACCAAGAACUUCCACGCUUCCAGGUCGUGGGAACGGCCUACAAAGGUCAAAUACCAUUUUGAAUAGGUCAAACUCUAGAGCUACGCCAAACCGAUCGAAUUCGCUAUCAAGGUCAAACUCUGUGGUUAAUCGCACUGCUCCAGAGAGUCAGCAAUCACUUGCCGAUCAGCUGAAGGAUGUCACAGAACAAAGAAACGCCUUGCACUCAACUGUGAAGUAUUUGUUAAGAAGACAAGAGGCACAAAGGCGACUGUUUGAGAAGCGUCUCAAUCUCACCGAAGCCGAACGCGAUCGAGCUGCUUCCUUACACGGGCCCAAAAAGGGAGGUUAUGAACGGGAAGUUCGGACCCUGCGUUCGGAGAUCAAUCUCCUUCGUAAAAGGGCGGACGACGCUCUUGAACAAAAGUGGCAGUGUGAGAAAGGACUGUCGGGAUUGAAAAUGGACCUCGACCGGAGCAAGCAGGAAACCGCUAGUUUACAGACGCUCUUACAAGCCCGUGACGAGAGCGCACCAGAGGUCCUCUCCUCUACACUUGAGCAGGCCUUGCGUCAACUGGAACAACAGCGAGACCAAGCCCGACAGCAGGAAUCGCUUGGCUCAUUGAAGCACGAGCAGGAUCUUGCCACCGAAUUGGAAAUGUCUGCACAAAGGUCUGAGUCGUUGGCCGCGCAAGUCAGAAAGCAAAUGCAAGCCAAUGGCGCAUUGAGGAACCGACUUAAAACCGCCGUGGAGAAGGGUGAACAGAAUCAACAAGCAUCGGCUGAACAAAUCAACGAACUCCAAACCAAGCUUCGCAAAUUAGAAGACGUUAUCACCGUCGCUCAAAUGCAAUCGGAGACCGCCGUCAUGAAGCACGAGGAGGAAGUGCGUGUGCUCAGAGCGAGCCACAAUAUCCAGCUGAUGCGCACGAAAUCUGGGCACAAGACACCAGGAUACUUGAGCCCAGCGCCCCGGUCCCCAAUGUCGCCAAUGUUUGCAAACUCUAAAAAGAGCCCCCGUAUCAACCAGACGACUUCAGGCCCUGGCAUUGCAUUGCAACAGGCACUGAAGACUGAAUAUCUGGAAAAUAAGGUGGCUGAGCUGGAGAAAGCCCUCUCGGAAGCAGAAAAGGAGAUGGGAGAAGUAGUUGGACGUAUGAACACGGCUCAGAUGGGAGUUGCUGAGCUGGAAUCGGAAAGGGACGAAGCACUUCGCCAAACGCGACGGCUCGAAGCUGCCAUCGCCGCGGAACGAGAGAAAGUACAGACGCUUCUCAACGACGACUUUAACUACGCCUCGGAUUAUUAAUGGCCUGUCUCCCAUGCAUCCUCACCAGAAGAGUCGCAUAGAGAUGGCUAAGCAGCUGUUUUCUUUUUUGUUCCCCAUCGUAUUGCAUAUUAAUGGGACGAAUCACAUAUUGAGCGAAGGGUUGGGGGCCAUGUGCAUUAUUGUCCUUUUGGUUUGAUGAAUUUGAUGUCCUUUGGUUGCACAGUGAACAUUUGGCCGGUUCGGGAGCUCCAGUCAUUAGACGUUGGGUUCUGGGUGUUGCCUGGAGUUGAGAUGGCAGUUGAAGUCGCUGCUGAGACGGAGCGCCUUGUACAAAAGCACAAAAGUAUACUAAUUACAGCUCCACGAGAUGGAGAAAGAGCAUUGGGCUUGGAUAGCGAGAUCUUGGACGUUUGUUGCCUGAAACCCGUGGGAUGUUCAGUCGGACCAUGAGGCAAGGGACGUACAUAUAAGAACAAGGCAAAUGAAUGUCGAUAUCUCUGUUCUGUUCGAACCUUCGAGUCGUUUAUUGAUCACGAUAAAUGUCCAAGUUGCCGGAAUAUCAAUUGAGGUAUAUUAAU